AUGGACGAUCUAGCUCAAACCGACCCGAUUCAUCCUUCCGGGCUGGGCGACCGAUAUGCUCGCGAAGGUACCAUGGUUUUACCGGUGGAUGAGCAGCAAAUCACGGCCUUCAGCAAGACCCAUGGGAAAGCUACAGAGAAGAUGAAGGCCCAAGCCCUGCUUGAAGCGGGACGGCAUUGGAAACAACAGAUUGGGCCCGAGAUGGACUGGAGUGACCGUCGUCUGUCAACGCCAGCUCGGCAGCCCCGAGUCCACUGUGGAGAAAUGGCGUUUGUUGGAUCCGAUUAA